AUGGAUCAAAAUGAAAAAGAGAUAGAUGAAGAACAAUUUAAGAAAGAAUUUGAAGAGAAAGUAGAAAAAAGAAAAAUUUGGUUGUUGGAAGAAUUGAAAAGCUGUGGUAAAUUUUUAGAUGUAAGUGCAAAGAAAUUAGAUGAUCUCGAUGCUUUGACUAUCGCUCUCUAUCUACAUGAAUGCCAAAUAGAAUUAACAUUAUUUCACAUUGCAGCCAAUUCGAUUACAGAUCGAGGAUUUAUUGAUAUGUUAACAGGAUUAUAAUGGCAUGAUAAAUUAAAGGAAAUUUAUAUUGGCAAUAACUAAAUUAGUGAAGUAAAGCGAUAUUUAUCAUAAAAGAUAGGAGUUCAAGGAUUCAUUGAAAUUUCAAGUAGUUUCAAAUAAUUGAAAAUAUUAAGCAUGAGUGCCUGUUCAAUUGAUGAUAGUACAUUUAUUUCUCUUUGUUAUUCACUUCCAGAAUUGAAGAAUUUGCAAUAAUUAUAAGUACCAGGUAAUAAUAUUUCUGAUUUCGGAUUGAUAUGUUUUUCCACUCUAUUAGCCGCUAAUUGCCUAACUAAUCUUACUGUGUUACAUUUUGGAAAUAAUCCUUUGACUUCUAAAUCAUUGAUUCCAUUCUUUUAGGCUUUAAAGAAGAACAAAACAAUCAAAAUUUUAUAUUUGAAUGAUAUCGGAAUGGAUUUGCAAACUAUCAGACAAAUGGCCAUCUGUUUGAGAAAGAACAAGAUAUUGGAAGAAUUAAAUUUAGGGAAUACUGGGUUUUCAGAUGCAGCAGCAUAGAUUCUUUGGCCGAAUCUUAAGUAUUUAAGAACUUUGCAUUUAUGGAAUAACCAUCUUACAGACAAAUCAUUAUUUGAAUUUAUUAAUGUGUUGGAGAAAGAAGAGUUAUAUUUGACUUAUAUGGGAUUGUAAGAUAACGAAAUUGAAGAGGUAGAUCUUAUUGAGGAUCUCAAUGCCUUAUUAAAGUAGAAUGAACUUAUUGAGAAACUAAAUGAAUAGAAUGAAAGUAAUUCUUAGGAUGGCAACGAAAAGAAAUCAAUCUAAGAAAUGGUUGAACUCAACAAAUUGUAAGAAAUUGAAGAGAAUUUAGAAGAACUAGAUAAGUUAAGUACAAAAUAGGUUUAGGAUGAUGAUGAGGUUAAUGAAUUGCAAGGGAAAUUGAAAACCAAAAAACAAGCAUAAGAGGAGUGA